ACACAUCUAUAUCUAUCUCUCUCUUUACAAAAACACCCACAUUCAAAAAAUCUCUCUUUUUUUAAAAAAAAAAAAAUCAAAAUGGAAAAUCUAACUCGCGAGCAAUACGUAUACAUGGCAAAACUAGCCGAACAAGCCGAACGUUACGAAGAAAUGGUGAAAUUCAUGGAAAAGUUAGUCAUCGGGUUAACACCAGUAUCCGAACUAACAGUAGAAGAACGGAACUUACUUUCCGUUGCAUACAAAAACGUCAUCGGUUCGUUACGUGCGGCGUGGCGAAUCGUGUCGUCAAUUGAGCAGAAAGAAGAGUCAAGGAAAAACGACGAACAUGUUGUGUUGGUUAAGGAUUACAGGAGUAAAGUGGAGGCGGAAUUGUCGGAUGUCUGUGAUGGGAUAUUGAAGAUUUUGGAGCAGAAUUUGGUGCCGAGUGCGAAUAGUGCGGAGUCGAGAGUUUUUUAUUUGAAAAUGAAAGGGGAUUAUUUUAGGUAUUUGGCUGAAUUUAAAGUUGGUGAUGAAAGGAAAGAAGCUGCUGAACAGACUAUGAAUUCUUAUAAGGCUGCUCAGGAAAUCGCAGAGGCGGAUCUGGCUCCAACUCAUCCGAUACGGUUGGGUUUGGCCCUUAAUUUCUCGGUGUUCUACUAUGAGAUUCUGAAUUCGUCUGAUAAGGCUUGUAGCAUGGCAAAACAGGCAUUUGAGGACGCAAUUGCUGAGCUGGACACUUUAGGUGAAGACUCCUACAAGGAUAGCACUCUGAUUAUGCAACUAUUGAGGGACAAUCUCACUCUCUGGACCUCAGAUGCACAGGACCAGCUGGAAGAGCCAUAGAUGCUUACAAUGGCGAAAGAGGUUUGCCUGUGUCUGCUGGAGGGGGGAGGUGGGCGUGGAAUGUCAUUUGUAUCUUUUAAACAUCAUGCGUUUUUUUUAAUUUUAAAGCACACUUUGCUUUUGUAAAAUUCUUCUUUGUUUUCCCUAGCAUUCUCUUAACUAUGUACUGUCUUACAACGAUGUAGAUGAUUUAUAGUUUUAAGGGGAAUUGUAUGGAUACAACGGUGCUUCAUCUGAA